AUGCUACACGAGAAUCCGGAGAAGAAGCCGCCACCUCAUGUCCAAGAUGUUGAAAUUGAUGAAGAGGCAGAAGCUCUUGAUGGAUAUGUCGUGGACCCGAGUCAAUAUCCCGAUAAUGCCACACGCCUGAAAACUAGCGCAGACGGUCGCUUCGUUCUGAUUCCGCAACCUCUCGAUACGCCCAAUGAUCCGUUGAAUUGGUCACCCCGGAAAAAAUGGUUUCUUGUGGCAAUAGUAGCUUACAUUGCGCUGUUGGCUGAUUACACUGGAGGGACGGCUAUCGUUACUAUUAUUCCACAGUCGAUGCAGUGGGAGCUAGCGCAGGCUACGGUCCAGAGAGCAGUGGUUGGUAAUCUCUUCACCAUAGGUGCAUGCGGUCUCGUCGUGGUGCCUUUAGCCCAUUACUUCGGGCGCUUACCAGUUACCCUUUUCUUCCAAUGCGUGAUGGUUGGCACCUGUGCAUGGUCAGCCGCAGCCACCAGCUUUCCCUCUUACUUAGCCGCGCGCAUUAUCAACGGCUUCUUCUGUAGCGUUGGUCAAGGAGGGGCCCUAAUGUGGAUCAAAGAUUUAUUCUUCUUCCACGAGCACCCCAAGGUAAUCAACUAUGUGGAGUUCUCGAUUAUCAUGAGCCCGUAUCUUGGCCCUUUGAUCACCUCAUUCAUUGUGUCAGGGGUCAGCUGGCGCUGGGCAUUCUGGCUCUGUACAAUCAUGUCUGGAGUGGGCCUUAUUCUGAUUCUCUUCCUCGAUGAAUCUUUGUUUGACCGCAAGCACCCACCGUCAUCCCGAGGUUCCUAUAUCAGCCGUCUAACUGGAGUGCACCAAGCCAAGGACUGGGAGCAUAAGAGCCUCGUUCAAUGUUUGGCGCUGCCUGUUAUAGCCAUAACUAAGAUACCGGUCCUCAUCAUCCUCGUCUACUACUUCCUCAAUUUUGCUUGGGUCAUCGGCGUCAACACAACGAUCGGCAUUUGGCUGACCAACAUAUAUGGCUUCUCGACUAGAGGGAUAGGGUAUUUCUACUUCUUCGGAAUUGUCGGCGUCCUGGUUGGCUGGUUCGCCGGACACUUUCUUCACGACGCUGUUGGGCAGUACUACACCAAACGCCACGGCGGACGACUGGACCCCGAGGCUCGGUUAAUUAUCACGUAUCCUGCUACGAUGUUGUGCUGCAUCAGUUUGAUCAUCUUGGGUCUGGCAUUCCAAUAUCACUGGCACUAUAUGGUUAUUGCCGUAUUCGCAGCUACUCAAUGUAUAGGCGUCAUGAUUGUUACGACGGCUAUCAAUGCCUAUCUCCUGGACUCCUAUCCGGAGGGUUCGGGCAUCGUGGGUGCGUGGGUGACUGCCAGUCGCAACUGGGCGGGCUUCAUGGCUACUUAUAUUCAGAUUGACUGGGUGACACGGAUUGGGCCUGCCAAGGCUCUGGGGAUUCAGGCGGCCAUCACCUUCGCGUCGGUGUUUUUUAUGGUUUUCUUGCAGGUGUAUGGCAAACGAUUAAGGAAAUGGCAGGGACGCAUGUUCAGCAUCAUCCUACAAACGAUCCUCACCCUAUUACUUGCCGUCACUCCGACGCUCACGUACCAACUCAUAUCCAACAACACCCUUACCCACCUCCCCCGGCCAAACACAGACUUCAACAUCCACAAUGGCACACUCCUCUCCCCUAUCCUCCGAACCCGCGUCCCAGGAAGCCCAGGCUCCGAAGCAACCAGAUCCCACUUCACCAGCCUCUUCGCCCGAACACUCCCACACUGGCAGGUCGAGUUCCAGAACUCUAUAGUCAGAUCUAACAAUAAUGAUAUACCCAUUGUCAACUUUAUUGCCACUCGUGAUCCGCCCGGUGUCCAGGCAGGUAACAUCAGCAGACUGACCCUGGUGGCCCAUUACGACAGCAAAAACGCCCCAGAGGGAUUCAUCGGAGCAAUCGACAGUGCCGCUCCCUGCGCUAUAAUCAUGCAUGCCGUCCGAAGUAUCGAUGCAGCACUAAGUCGGAAAUGGGGUACGUCACCUAAGCCACAAACUGCGGAAGGUAUACAGGUUAUCUUCACAGAUGGCGAGGAAGCGCUCGAUCCUCCAGAGAUGUUAUUCGGGGCGCGGUCAUUAGCUGCGGAGUGGGAAUAUACUCGUUAUCCGCCAUCCUCUAAAUAUUCAAGUCGGCUAAAGGCCAUCUCGUUAUUCGUCUUGUUAGAUCUUCUUGGGGCGAGGGAGCCAGCGAUUGCGUCGUAUUUCAACACGACACAUGAAGUGUAUAGGCGGGCUGCCGUCCUUGAAAAGCGGUUAAGAGGACUGAAUCAGUUUAAGUCGGGGGGCAUCAGACCUUGGCUAAUUGAUGGCGAUAGAGAUGAAAUCGGGGUGAACAGGUUUCCUAUCUAUGAUGACCAGGUGCCGUUCCAAGAACGGGGUGUGGAUAUACUACAUUGGAUUGAUGCGAAUCCUGAUACUGGGGAUUUUCCGAAGGUGUGGCAUACUUUGGAUGAUACGGGGGAGAAUUUGGAUCUUGACGUUGUGGAGGACUGGAGUGUCUUGCUGAUUGCAUUUAUUGUUGAAUGGAUGGAGUUGGAGGGUUACAUGACAUGA